AUGGCAAGAAGAUAUUGGAACAUUAAUUUAGAAGAGAUGAUGGAAGCAGGAGUUCAUUUGGGCCAUGGUACUAGGAAAUGGAAUCCUAAAACGGCACCUUAUAUCUCUACAAAACGUAAAGGUAUUCAUGUUACAAAUCUUACUAGAACUGCUCAUUUUUUAUCAGAAGCUUGUAAUUUGGUUUUUGAUGCAGCAAGUAAAGGAAAACAAUUCUUAAUUGUUGGAACGAAAAAUAAAGAAUCUUAUUCAAUAGCAUGGGCUACAAUAAGGGUUCGGUGUCAUUAUGUUAAUAAAAAAUGGGUCGGUGGUAUGUUAACGAAUUGGUCCACUACAGAAACAAGACUUCAUAAGUUUAGAGACUUGAGAACCGAACAAAAAACAGGGGGGCUCGACCAUCUUCUGAAAAGAGAUGCGGCUAUGAAGAAAAUUGAUGCAUAA